AUGGCCACUGCUCUUCCUCCUACUCCACCUUCUCCUGGCGUCGGUCUCCGUCGCAAGGGCCCCAAAAGCCUUCCGAGGCUCCCGCUGUCAGCUUUCACGCCACCAAACUCCGGCACAUCCGACAAGUUUCCUCUGCCUCCCAGUCCAAGUACAGUACAUCCCGAAAGUGUGAUAGAUGCAGCGGUGGCCGUCGCCAAUGGCCUGGCUGAUGUGAGCAAGUGGAGGUUUGAAGCAGGAGAGGUUCUAGGCGGCCGGAUAGUUGGCAUCGUGUUGUCGCUUUCCCCAAGCCAAGCUCAAAACGCCAUCGAGAUCUUUGAAUCUGCCAAAUCAGUUGCAUCCAUCGUCUCUGUCGCCUUUCCUUUUAGCCUAGACUCUGUCGAGCAUUCGCUACCCCAAUCUGCACUACCUGUAUCGCUUCAUACCGUUUUCACUAAGGCUACCAUCAACGGCGUCGAGAGCUUGAGAUGGGCUCUGCAGCAGGGAAAGCCUGUUGAUAUCACCAUAGAGGUGCCUCUCACCGAUGCUCUUUUCGACAACUUGGAGGAUUUGCUCUCCAGGGCGAUCGAUGGCUUAUCCGAGGUACCACCUAUCAUUCUCUCAAACCUACUUCCUCCCCCAGACAAUCUUGACCUUCCAAUCGUCAAAUUGAUGAGCCAUCCUGCCUACAAGGCCUUUCAAGCAAGAAUUGCAGCUUUGUCACUUGUCCCCCAGGUCUUCAUCAAGUACUUGCCUCCAGCCUGGAACUGCCAUAUACCUGCCAUUACCCCGUCUGUUCUGUCGCCACAAGAACCAACUGACUCCCAGAUGAAAAAGGAAUGGAAACGCAGAAUCAAGAUGUAUCUUGGCCCAGUUAUGGAAGCCUUUGGGGAUCAGCGCAUCAUCUUUGGUUCUUCCAUGGUUAGUGUAAAGGGUUUGACCGGUGCUGGGGAUUGGUAUGCAAUUUCCCGCGAGUCGUUGGCCGAGUUGGGUGUUGAGCAAGAAGCGGUCGACGCCGUAUUUUUCGGCACUGCGAAGCAAGUGUAUGGUACUGGUGCUGCUUAGAGGUUCCGUAAGUAAUCUUGCAAAAUGUAUAUCUGGGUGUAAUGCGUAGUACUAGUAACGUACAGACUGUACUCUCUUUUUGAU